CCCACAUCUUCAUAUGUGUUUCAUUCUCACACACAAGCACAAAAAAGCAUACAGCAGGCUGAUGAUGGUUCAUGCACGCAGAUUAUAUUGUUUAGAACUAUAAAGAAAAACUUCGGAAAAGAUCUCAUAUGGGAGUUUUGCUCUGUUGAGAAUCUCAUUUCUCGUGGGGACUGUUGGAAGGUUUAAAUGAUGGAAGGCGCGGAUUUUUCAACAAGGGACAGAGCCAGACUCAAAGAUGACUUCAGUGAUUUGGUUUGCUCAUGGUCUCUGGAUGACAUUUUUGAUGACAAUCUCUACAAAUAUCAGGUUGAGAUGAUUCCUGAAUCAUUCCAAUCACUGGACCAUUAUUUCAGUUCUUACAUAUUUCCUUUAUUGGAAGAAACACGAGCACAACUUGCCUCAGUCAUGGAAAUUAUACAUCGGGCACCUUUUGCUGAAGUAGUAACUAUUGAUGAAGGGAAGCCCUAUGGAUCAUUAUUGUUUGAUGUUGAAGUUGAUUGUUGGAGAAAUAGGCUAAUUGAACGUGGCAGGAAGCUUUACAAAACGUUGCCUGGUGAUAUUCUUGUUAUCUCUAAUUCAAAGCCUGAAACCACUUCUGACCUCCAACGGAUGAAAUGGUCAUGGACUUUUGCAUCGGUAACUGGCAUCGAAGGGGAUGAAAUUGAUGAUGAUAGAUCAUCAACUAAAUUUAAGGUCAAGGCAUCAAAAGAUAUUGAAAUCAAUAGUGGGGAACAGAAGUCACUUUAUGUAGUUUCCUUGAUCAAUAUAGCCACAAACAAAAGGAUAUGGAAUGCCCUACACAUGCUUAAGAAUCGAAACUUUAUUGAGAAAGUUCUCUCCAUUAGUGCCAUGGUUGAGGAGAAUUGUGAUAUCUGUUCCAUCAAUCACGAUUCCAAAAUAUGUGAAAAUCUUGGAUCAGGCCUAUUAUCACAGCUGAAUGAAUCUCAAACUGAAGCAAUCAUGGCUUCUCUGCAUAGGAUGAAAUGUGAACACAAGUCUUAUGUUGAACUCAUUUGGGGUCCACCUGGAACAGGGAAAACAAGGACCAUAAGUGUUUUGCUCUUUGCCCUCUUAAGAAUGAAUUAUCGGACUCUGUCUUGUGCCCCUACUAAUGUAGCAGUAACAGAAGUGGCAUAUCGAGUAAUAAAGCUGGCGAAAGAGUCAUUUGAUGCUGAAUCUGCAACAGGUGAUGUACUCUGCCCAUUGGGUGAUAUUUUGUUAUUUGGAAAUAAGGAUCGCCUUGAAGUUUGCUCAGAUAUUGAGGAGAUCUAUUUCAACUAUCGUGUGAAGAGACUUGUGGAGUGCUUAUCGCCUCUGACUGGUUGGAGGCAUUGUAUGCUUUCUAUGAUUGAUUUUCUUGAAAGUUGUGUUUCGCACUACCGUAUCUAUGUUGAAAAUGAGUUAUCCAAGAUGAAAGAAAAGAGGAAUGAAGAUGAAGUUUUGGAAACCAAGCUGCAAUCACUUUUAGAGUUUGCUAGAGCACGGUUUGAAGUUCUUCUGGCACCCUUGAGAAGAUGUGUGAUUACAUUCUGUACUCAUGUACCAAGAAGUUUUAUUCUUGAUCAAAAUUUCCAAAACAUGGUUAAUCUGAUUUGCCUUCUUGAAAAUAUGGAGAAGGUGCUGUUUCAAGAUGAUGUGAAUUCUGAUCAACUAGAGGAGCUUUAUUCUUCUGAUAUAACGAAGGAUGACUGUUCUAAAGAAUGCACACAUACAUCAUGCCUGAUGUGUAUUAGAAGCCAGUGCUGUUCUGUCUUAAAAGCUCUUCUGUCAUCGCUUGGAAAACUGGGCCUUCCCCUUGUGGUGAAUGAUAAUUCAAUAAAGGAUUUCUGUUUCAAAAUGGCUUCCUUGAUAUUUUGCACUGCUUCUAGCUCAUAUCGGUUGCACUUGACAGAUAUAGAGCCUUUCAACGUGUUGGUCAUUGAUGAGGCAUCCCAGUUAAAGGAGUGUGAAUCACUAAUACCACUUCAACUUCCAGAUCUAAGGCACACUAUUCUUGUUGGUGAUGAGUGUCAGUUGCCAGCCACAGUUAAAAGCAAGGUUUCUGAUGAAGCUGGUUUUGGAAGAAGCUUAUUUGAAAGACUGAGUUUUCUGGGUCAUUCUAAGUACCUGCUUAAUAUGCAGUAUAGAAUGCAUCCAUCUAUUAGUGUGUUCCCAAAUUCAAAAUUCUAUCAGAAUAAGAUCUUGGAUGCACCUAAUGUCAGGACUAAAAGUUACGAAAAAUACUAUCUUCCGGAGAGAAUGUUUGGUCCCUAUUCAUUCAUAAAUGUGCUUGGUGGGAAAGAAGAGCAGGAUGAGGAUGGACAUAGCUUAAGAAAUAUGGUUGAGGCAGCAGUGGUGGUAAAUAUAGUGCAGAGGUUAUUUAGAGCCUGGAAGUGUUCCAAUGCCUUCCUUAGCAUCGGGGUGAUAUCACCCUAUGCUGCUCAAGUUGCAGUGCUUCAAGACAAACUUUGUCGGAAGUAUGAAAAAGUCGAGAAGUUUGUAGUGAAGGUGAAGUCUGUCGAUGGAUUUCAGGGUGGAGAGGAGGAUAUUGUUAUAAUAUCAACUGUAAGAUCCAAUUUUGGUGGGUCCAUUGGUUUCCUAUGUAGUCCUCUGAGAAGCAACGUUGCAUUGACUAGAGCUCGGCACUCUCUUUGGAUCUUGGGAAAUUCAAGAACACUGACAAAUAGCAAUUCUAUUUGGAGCGAACUAAUUUGUGAUGCUCAGGAACGUGGAUGUUUCUUUACUGCUGACGAAGACAGUGAUAUUUCGAAAACUAUUCUGGAUGUGAAGAAAGAGCUUGAUCAACUAGAGGAUUUGCUCAAUGGGGACAGCUUACUUUUCAACCGGCAGAGAUGGAAGGUAACGUUCAGUGAUAGCUUUCGGAAAUCAUUUGGUAAACUGAAGUCCACUUACAUGAAGAAGUCAGUUAUAAACCUGUUACUUAAGCUUGCUGGUGGAUGGCGACCCAAGAAAAAGGUGGACUCAGUUGGGGAAAGUUCUUCACAGAUAGUGAAGCAGUUUAAGGUUGAAGGGUUGUUUGUUGUUUGCUCAGUUGACAUCACUAAGGAAUCCAACUACAUACAAGUUUUAAAAGUUUGGGAUAUACUGUCUCUGGAGGAGAUAUCCAAGUUACUACAACGUCUUGAUGGCAUUUUUAACAUGUAUACCGAUGAUUUCAUCAGUCGGUGCAAAGAAAAAUGUCUAGAGGGGAAAUUAGAAGUUCCAAAAAGUUGGCCUACCUCUUCCAGUAUUACCCGAUACAAGAAUCUAAACGACAGUAGCAUUGAUAGUGAUUCAAGUGAUAGUACAUUGGAUCGAAGAUGUUAUGUGGAAAAUUCCAGAGUCAGUGAAAGCUUGUUGUUGAUGAAGUUUUACUCCUUAUCAACAGGGGUUGUGAAUCAUUUGCUUUCGGGACGAGAUGGUGGAGAGCUGGAUCUGCCAUUUGAAGUUACAGAUGAGGAGUUGGAAAUAAUUCAAUUCUGCAGAAGCACCUUCAUACUUGGUCGCUCAGGUACAGGGAAAACUACUGUCUUGACCAUGAAGUUAUUCCAAAAGGAACAAAUCUACCAUUUAGCUUCACAAGGAUGUGCAGCAGCCAAGUACAGUACAUCAUCCAGCGUUCCAAUGAGAACCAAGGUUGAUCACCUGACAGAAGAAACAGGGAGAGCUUGUUUACACCAACUUUUUGUAACAGUCAGCCCAAGACUAUGUUAUGCUGUCAAGCAUCAUGUUUCCCAGCUGAAAAGCUUCGCCUAUGGUGGAAAUUUCUCAUCGGAUACAAGUUUGCUUGAGAUGGAAGAUGUGGAUGGAGCAGAGCAUUUUAAAGGCAUACCGGAUUCAUUUGUUGGCAUUCCUGCAGCAAAGUACCCUCUUGUGAUUACGUUUCACAAGUUCUUAAUGAUGCUUGAUGGAACAAUGCCUGAUUCAUAUUUUGACAGAUUUCCUGAGAUAAGGGAAUAUUCGAAUGAUACUAAUCGAAAUUUAAGAUCUGUUGCUCUAAAGAAUUUUUUACGCGUCAAGGAGGUGAACUAUGACAGAUUUUGUUUCUUUUACUGGCCACAUUUCAACUCACAGCUGACAAAGAAUCUUGACCCUUCCAGAGCAUUUACUGAGAUAAUUUCUCAUAUAAAAGGAGGCUUGCUAGCGGGGGAAGCUUCUGAUGGUAAAUUGAGCCGGCAGGAAUAUGUUUCAAUGUCUGAAAGUAGGGCAUCAACUUUGAGUGCUCAGAAGAGAGAGAUGAUCUAUGAUAUUUUCCAGGAUUAUGAGAAGAUGAAAGUGGAACGUCGUGAAUUUGAUUUGUCCGACUUUGUAAUCAACCUUCAUGUUAGACUAAAGAAUAGAAGUCUGGGAGGAGAUAAAAUGGAUUUUGUUUAUGUUGAUGAGGUUCAAGAUCUUACCAUGAGACAGAUUUCUCUUUUCAAAUAUAUUUGCACAAACAUUGAUGAAGGUUUUGUGUUUUCUGGUGAUACAGCACAGACUAUUGCAAGGGGUAUUGAUUUUAGGUUUGAAGACAUACGAUCUCUGUUCUAUAAUGAAUUUGUCAUGGAAUCAAUGCAUGAAAGGAAUCCUGAAAGGAAAGAGAAAGGACAUUUAUCAGAAAUUUUCAAUUUGUACCAGAACUUCCGUACUCAUGCUGGUGUUCUUAGAUUAGCACAGUGUGUCAUUGAUCUUCUUUGCCAUUUUUUCGCUCAAUCUGUUGACAUUUUGAAGCCCGAGACUAGUCUUAUAUAUGGUGAAGCUCCUGUUCUACUUGAACCUGGCAGUGAGGAGAAUGCUAUUGUAACUAUUUUUGGAAACAAUGCAAGUACUGCUGGUAAAAUAGUAGGCUUUGGUGCUGAACAGGUCAUACUUGUGCGUGAUGAUUCUGCACGGGAAGAAGUUUCUAAUCAUGUUGGAAAUCAUGCUCUUGUGCUUACCAUAGUGGAAUGCAAGGGCCUUGAGUUUCAGGAUGUACUGUUGUAUAACUUUUUUGGUUCAUCACCUCUGAGAAAUCAAUGGAGAGUUGUCUACGAAUUCAUGAAUACUAAAGAUUUGCUUGAUUCUUGUUUGCCAAGGAGCUUUCCUAGUUUCAAUCAUGCUAGACAUAGCAUCUUGUGUUCUGAAUUGAAACAAUUGUAUGUUGCCAUUACUAGAACAAGGCAGAGGUUGUGGAUUUGUGAAAACAAAGAGGAGUUUUCCAAGCCCAUGUUUGACUUCUGGAAAAAGUUGUGCCUUGUACAAGCAAAGAAGGUGGAUGAUUCGUUUGCGCAAGCAAUGCAAAUGGCAAGCAGUCCUGCUGAGUGGAGAUCAAGGGGUAUAAAGCUCUAUUGGGAGAAAAAGUAUCAAGUGGCAUCCAUGUGCUUUGAAAAAGCAGGAGACACAAAUUGGGAGAAAAGGGCCAAGGCAGCUGGCCUGAGGGAAACUGCAGACCAAUUGCGCAUUUCGAAUCCCAAAGAGGCUUGCACAAUCCUUCGAGAAGCUGCUGAAAUAUUUGACUCCAUUGGUUUGGCAAAUUCUGCCGCAGAAUGCUUCUGUGAUUUGGGAGACUAUGAGAGAGCAGGAAGAAUUUUUUUGGACAAAUGUGGGGAAUCUGAGCUAAGAAAAGCAGGUGACUGUUUUACUAAGGCCAAGUGUUAUGAACUUGCGGCAACGGUAUAUGCCAGGGGAAACUAUUUCUCAGAGUGUUUGUCUGUGUGCACCGAAGGAAAACUAUUUGACCUAGGCUUGCAGUAUAUUGAGCACUGGAAAUACAGUUCUUCAUGUCAUAAUGGCAGGACUACAAUAGGUGAAGAAAUUGGCAGAGUUGAGCAAGACUUUCUGGAGAGUUGUGCUUUGACUUAUUAUAAACUCAAGGACAAUAAAUCCAUGAUGAAAUAUGUUAGAGCUUUCCCUUCUAUGGAUCUCAGACGCAGCUUCCUGAAAUCUGUAGACUGUUUUGAUGAGCUUCUGUUGUUGGAAGAAGAAGCAGGAAACUUCCAGGAGGCUGCAGAUAUCGCUAAGUUGAAAGGAGAUCUUCUACUUGAGGCAGAUCUGCUGGGAAAGGCAGGUGUUAUCAAGGAAGCAUCCUCCCUCAUCCUUUCUUUUGUGCUUUCCAACUCUCUAUGGGCUGCUGGAAGUGGAGGUUGGCCCUUGAAGCCAUUUGCAGAAAAAGAAGUACUUCUGAAGAGAGCCAUGUCAUUUGCAAAGAAAGAAUCAGAUCAGUUUUAUGAACUUGUUUGCACUGAGGUUCAAGUUUUGGCCCAUGAGCAUAUUAACUUGUAUGAGUUGCACCAGUGUCUGAGUUACUCACAGCAAUUUAAAAGUCCUAGAGUUGAGAUGUUAUCAAUCCGAAGGAUUCUGGAUUGUCAUUUCCAUUCUAAAACCUUGCAGUAUGGAUGGGAAGAUGUAUUACCUAUUGAUGUGAAAAAGCAUUCUGAAAACAGGAUUUCACUCAAUCAGUUGUCCAUUGGUACGCUCAUGUAUUUUUGGAAUCUGUGGAAAGAGAACAUCUUGAAUAUCUUUCAAUAUCUUGAAUGUAUGGAGAAUCAAAAUUUCAGUAAAUACAUGGGCUUAGGUGAGUUUUGUUUGAACUAUUUCGGCGUGAGGAGGCAGUUUAAGAAUUUGAAUGCAACAUAUGUGGUGCUGAACCCAGGUGCUGAAUGGAUGAAAAAGAUUGGUUAUAAUUCCAUGAGCCGUGGCAAGAAUUUGAUCUCUAUUGAUGUUCGACAAUUUGCAACUGCUGCUAAGAGUCACUGGCGUGCAGAACUAAUUUCUGUUGGUCAGAAAGUGCUGGAAAUUCUCGAAGAACUUUAUGAAUUGUCGGUAGCAAAGUCCUUGUCUCUAUUUUGUCAAAGCAUAUGCCUUGUUCAUAUCUAUCAGGUGUCAAAAUUUUUGAUUCAGUCAUUCAAGUGUCCUGAUAGCCUUACGAGGAAGCUGAAGAGUUUUCUGCGGCUAUCAAACAAAUACUUUGAAUAUGUGUUCCCAUUAGACUCUAAUAAAUCAAUGGAGGAAAACUUGGUCUUGCUAAGGAAAACUGAGCUCUCCCGGACUCUACUUGACAACAUAAUUGUGGAGAAUAUCAGCAUGAGGGGUGAUCUUACAUAUGGCCAAAUUGGAAGGGUGGUGAUGAUUUGUCUUGGAUGUGGAAAACCAUCAGGUGAACUGUACAAGAAAAUUGCAGAAAGAUUUGAAAUUUUUUUUUCCUGGAAAGCAUUCAUUGAGAUUCUUAGAGGGAACAAGUUUUCCGGAUCUUUGGCUGAAUCCUCUUCAGAAGAUUCUGGGAUGUGUACACAAAUAGAUAAAGUUCAAAGGCAUUUAUCGAAUGAUCUUGUCCAUGGUAGCUUGGAUUCAGGAAUCCCACAGGAUCCUGCAUCAAAAAUUCCAGUUCAAGAUCCAAUGAAGUUUUCGCUGACUGAAAACUUCCAUCAUGCUUUGAAAGAUACUUAUCUUGUCAAUUGGAGGAGGGCUGAUGACUAUGUAUCACCUAAUUGUUUCUUAUACCUUGUUGAACGCCUUCUUAUUUUGGUAUGUCAUUCUAAGGAUUUCUUUUUCACGACAAAGAGCGCCUUCCUGGAAGUGCUCAUGCAUCUCCAAGCAGGCACGUAUCCAAGUGCCAGUGCAGUAUCUGACAUGGGGUCAUCUCCAGAAAAUGUAUAUGAUUUUGUUGUUAUGAUGGUUGAAAGCUUCCUCUGCAAUACUCAGGAGACAGCGGAAUGGAUUGUUAAAUCCAUUGUUAAAUCCAAUAUCGAUUUUAAUCAGUACUAUUCCUUGCUGAUGUUAAGACUGGUGGUCAUUAUGUGCUUGGUGUGCUUGAACUCUGGAAAAUAUUUUGAUGUUCUCUUUCGUCUGCUGGGUCAGUCUCAUAUUAAUUCGCAGCUCCCAAGACAAUUUACUGAAGCACUUAGGCGAGGAAGAAAGCAUAAUUUUGUCAACCUUCUAAAUGCAACUGCUGGAGCUUUCAGAAGGAUUGUGAACCCUGUUGUGAUUGUGAUUUUAAAAGGAAACAUCCAUAAAUUUGUCUGUCCAGAUGCUAUUCUUGUUGACAUUGGAACAACACCUCAUAAGGACAACAUCAUGGGAAUAUUCUUCCCAAGAGCCAAUAAUUGCCGAGAACAGAGUAGUUUUGUUGAAGCAAAUACACCUAAUUUUUGCAAAGGACUGUGUGAUGAGAAUUGCUUGCCAGCUUCAGAUCUGAACAUGAGCUCCAGAAAUGGAAAUGCGAUUAACCUGGAGGUGAACUGGGACCUUUUUCAAGAAAUAUUUGAUGUAGUAUUAUCAACAGAGAAAAAACAAAAUUGCAAUUCAACAAGUGGUUCUUCUGAGUUUGUCAACAUGAAGGUGGACCUGCAGGAAAGCAUAAACACCUUAGCUGCUGGACUGAGUGCUCAGAAUUCUCAUCUUAGUGAAAAUGACAUUAUUUUUGGUGAAGCACGCAGCAUGCUUUGGGAACUCAAGGAACUAUCGUCUCUCUUUCAUGCAAGUCAUUUCUUAUCUGCCAAAAACAUGGCGAGAAUGGGAAUUCUUCUGAAGCGUUUGCAGUCAAGAAGGCCUAAGCUGGAGACUUUCCUAAGCCAGUUAAUCGUCCCUUUCAAAGCUGGUACUCAGCAAGGCUCUGAUGCUCAAGUUGCGGAAGCAGUUGACCGUAAAGAGGCAAUUCUUGGCAAUCAAAAUGAUUUUCCUUCCACUCCUGCUGCUUCUGGUUCCCAAGGCAAUGAUCAGUGUAAGCAAAAUGAACGCAACCAGGGAAAGGGAAAGAAUAGAAACAAGAGCAGAAAGAGCAGAGGUAAAAGAAAAUAAACAAUGAUAAGCUGAGUAUACAUCUUAGGGGCUUCUUUUCUUGGAGCUUGCUAGUAGUUUUAAACAGGUCUAUGGAUUUUAAUCUGGUAGCUGUCCUCAAAUGUAAUGUGAUUGUUCUGUAUCUGAAAUAUUAUUAGGUUGAGUUGUAAACAGUUGCAGCAGUUUUAAACCGAAACUAUGUAAAUUCGAAAUGGUGUGAUAGCAAAAAGCAAGAUCAUGGGAUACAUACACUUGAAUCUCA